CAGUGCAAAAUACAUAUUGCCAACACAGCAGCAUACCAUACUUUCCCCUCCUUACAUGCCCCUCACUUCCUCACUUGGUGUCUGAUCUGAACUUGACAAAGUAGGAUUAACCGUUGGUGAAAUAUGAAGAGUUGCACACUUUCUAGAAUACUGGCCUUGUGUCUGGCCAUAUAUACAGCUCUGUGUUCCACCAAUGAAGAAGCUGUCACAGUCCAAUCAGAAUACGAAACUAACGCCUUCUUGCCCUGUCCUGCACUGUCUUACAGUAAACAUUACAUUUCUCUCACCUGGUACAAGGUUUCCCCAAACAAAGAGGGCAUUAUUAGAAAUUCAACCAAAGAAAGCAAACCACAGCUAUAUAAGAACUAUGAGAAUCGUACAGAUGUGUCGCUUACAGAGGAAGGUUCUCUAGUCCUGCAGAAGGUUAACUUUUCACAAGCAGGGACGUACAAGUGUUACCUGGCUGGAAAAGUUGGACACAGAAAUAAUGAGUCAUUUGUCAUACUGAAUGUAACAGAGAGUGUUACUGAGACAACACCAACCAUGGAUGUCACCAGCAAGUUUGUUCAUCAUUCCACUGAGUUGAACUUUUCUAUGGUCGGUCUGGUUCUGCCAGUGGACGUGAGCCCCUUGUCUGUCUUGAUUGGAUUCUUAAGUCUAAGUCUGAGCAAAGCUCUACUCUGUUUUGCGUGUGUGGGGGGGAUGGCAAGCUUUAAGGAACACCAAAGAAGAAAAUUAUGGGCCAAGUGAGAGAAAAGAAAUCCUGAUCUGAGGAUAAUAAAACAUCUACAUUUUGAUCAAAGACUUUUUAUUAAUUUAAGUCAGGUCAUUCUGAAUAAAUAAUAGAUGUUUACAAUCAUCUAUAACUUGUUUGUUCACUGAUAAAGUACGAAGUGACUAUCAUAAAUCCAGUUUAAUUAUGUGUUUUUGUCAUCCUGUACAAAAUACAGAUAUUUAAAUUAGUCAGUAAUUUCAUUUACUUAUAUUUACAUUUAUUACAGUAACACUUAAGGAUAUUAUAACCUAUGUAGCCUAAACUAUACUCUCCUCAAUAUGCCUGUGUAACAUAACUUAAUAAUUGUGAAAAUUUGUACAUUUGCAGGUUAACGUGUGUGUGCAUAUAUAUAUAUAUAAAUGGCACACUUUAAUCCAAUGGCUUUACACUGUGUCUCAUUCACCCAUUCACACACCAAUGGUAGCAGAGCUGCCAUGCAAGGUGCUAACUUGCCAUCAGGAGCAACUUGGGUUCAGUGUCUUGCCCAAGGAGUCAUGCGGUCCGGGAAUCAAACCACUAACCCUACGAUUAGUGGACAACCCGCUCUACCAACUGAGCCACCACUAUAUAUGCUUGUUUUAGAAAAUAAUUUUUGCAUUCUUUUCUAAUUUAAUACAACAAUUUUCAUUAUAAAUUAUGUCAGUUAUUUCAGUUGAGUGAAAAGUAGAAUCUUUGAAACAUAUUUAAAAUAUUUACAUGAAUUUGACACAAAGAACUUGUCAUUUGUGAGUGAAAAAUCAGCAUUUCAGACUCAUAGUGGCAGAUUCAAGCAGUUGUAGUUAUUGAAUUGUGGUUGUGCUAGAAAAAUUUCCAAGAGAAAAAUGUAUUUGUGAGAAAAUAUUCUACAGGAGUGCAACUCUCAUUGCACGAAUUCACAUACUGAGUUGCGGAUGCAUAAAAUUUGUCCAUGACUUCACAUUUUUGAUACGGGUGUGUGAUUGCGUUUUGCACAGUAUUCACUGCAGCAGCUGUAGCAAAAAUGUGAGCGUAUGAGUUUCUUAAUUUGUGAUUUGUAGAAUAGGAUUUGAGAGAAUAAUUUGAGAAGGUGUAACUGUUGUGUUGUGUUUGUGGGAGAGGGAAAAAAAUUAAGUACAAAUUUCACCGUCACAGGUGCUCAGUAUUUUUGCUCCAAUAUUUACUUCAUAGAUGUAUUUUGGCUGGAUACUUCCAGUUUUAACUGAACAAGAUUUGGUCACUUUAUUUAAACUAUCACUUAAGUAUAACUUCUGAACCAAUGUGUGAAAUGAUGUACUGUAGAGGUUCUCCUUGAUUGGAGCAUGGAAACAUGAGAAAUCAUUUGAAAAUUAUGAUGUCAAAAACUAUAUAUUUACAUAUAUAUAACUAUAAAACUAUAUAUAACAAAAUACAUUACUAUAUAUAUAUAUAUAUAUAUCAUUUGUAAUGUUUUUCAUGUCUGUCUGUUGUCACUAUAUUAUGAAUUUCAUCUGAUGAGGUUGUUUUUUUUUUUUUGUUUUUUUUUUUUAAUCAGUCCCUAUUUGAAUAUUUUAACCUUAAACUGUUACGAGGUUCUUAGCUUACUUCCUUAUGAGAGACCGUCUUAUUCCUCAUUACCCACAACAUACUAUAUCUAUACUGGAAAUCUAAAAAUUCUGAUCUUUGUUACAUUUUCAUGAUCUGGAAUUCUUUCUGAAAAUUAGAGAUUGAAAUAGAGAGCUCAUAGCUACUACAUCUAGAUGUGCAGUUACUUAUUUAUCUAACAAAGUACUUUGUCUCUCCAUAAGAAAGGUUAUUGAACCGUCUGGUUUUGUAAUGAUAAAAGAAGUACACUGGAUGUGAAUAUUUUAUUUAACUAAAAUAAAAAUGUGUACUAGCUGUAUAUACUAGCAACCCUCUUUAUAUUCCAGCCUCCCUCCAGGUUAAGUAACUCCCAAUAUAUUAUAUUAAUGUAGCUACUUUACAUAGUUACAGAACUGCUUGGGGCUAAGGUGUGCUUAAUGACAGCAAUGAUCACAUAAAAAUAUCCAAAAAAUAAAAAUAAAUAAAUACAAAGGCAUGAAUGGUUCAACGGUAAUUUCAACCUGUGGUUUUAUUUCAGUCGCGACUGUAGUGCUUUGGGUGAGUCACCAAGUAAUAUUGCAUCUCUGCAGGAAGCGCCUCCUUAAUAAAUGCUGGCAUAUGAGUCUGUUAUUUCCAUGCUGUUCAGAUUGUCAACCUUUUAGUCUGUUCUCGAAAAUACAAGUCAAAAUAAUUCUCAUGAAAACUUCUGCCAUUUCAGAUUCAUAGAUUUUUUUUUUUCUUCCUGUAACCAGGGUCUCUGCCAGGAACCAUGCACUCAGCAAGCCCAAUGGAAACAAACCGAUGUGGACUAAAUAAUUUUCUUCCCCUUUAAGGCAUGAAAAGAACUGUAUUGUUUUGUGGACCAUAU